UAUGUAAUGAACGAGUCUGUAUUCAGAAAUUAAUUGAAUGUCUUGUAUAUUUUUUGUCUUUUGUCAUAACUUUUAUGUUUUCGGUUAAGAGGAAUCAAUAAUUAUUUUAGUUACUAUUUGAAUGAGUUUUCUUAAACAAAUUAUCUUUAACUGAAUCAUAUUAACCAUUAAAGUUUAAUGACUUGAUUGAUUCUUUUAUAUGAUGAUCAUCUAGUAUGCAGGGCUGCACAUUUUUAUUAUUGUUGGAAAGAAUUAUUCAAGAAAUCACUAAUUCUUUUAAUAUUUUUAAUAUUAGUAUGCCUAAAACCAAUACAGAACUGUUUUUUUAUUAAUCAAUUUUAUAUGUUGCAAUAUGUUUUUUGAGAGAAAUGCUUGUUGCAAUAUUUACCUGAAUCAUAGUUGGAUAUUUGACGUGUCUUUAAGAUAUUAUUCUGUAAUUUGUAAAUUAUGACGCGUAUAAAAAUCGUUUUAAGCCAAGUAGGACAACAGAUUUGAUACGUGGUGGUCUAAGUCUUAGAUAACCGUGUUGAGAAAUUCCAACUAAGAUAACAUUUUUCUAUUCUUAACUCAUUUUUUGUAAAAAUAGUUGCUCUCAGUUCAGCUAGCGAAGACCACCAAGGCACCAAAAUUCUGUUCAUGAUAAGGAAAACAAACCCAUCAUCAUUUUCAUCAUUCAACAAAUAGUAGCAGGAUCAUCAUAUUGCUAUAUCAUCCUCAUAAAACAAGAGAUGUUAAGCAUGCAUUAUUAAGUAUAAUAAAUUAAAUCACGUACGUUGAUUUCUUCUUUUUGAAAAAUCACGUACGUUGAUUUGAAAAUGCAGUAUCGUGAUCUUGCAAGCACUCAUAAUGAAAUGGAUGAUGAUUCAAAAGAGAAUGAGGAAUUGGUCUCAAACAUAGUAAUCAUGGGUGUCUCCAUGUUACUUAUUGGAUUGGUGACCAUUGCUAUUGUUGGCAACAUAAACGGUGGUUCAGAAAACGAAGCGAAUUUGAAGACCAUUAAUUCUAUUUGUGAAAAAACAGAGGCACCAGAAAGUUGUCUUCAUGUCUUAAAACACGUAGGUGAAAGAGCCACAGUUUUGAAUUAUGUUAAAGCUUCUAUUAAUGCAACCCUUGAAGAAUUAUCAGUGGUUAACAUUCCUAAACCUUAUCUUGAAAGGAUCCUAACACCUUUGCAGGUACAAUCUUAUAAAGAUUGUUUAGAAUUGUUGAAUAUGGGAAAAGAAGAACUAGAAUAUUUAUAUAUGGUGGCAAAUUCCUCUAUUAAAGAUGAGGUAUGCACUAUAAACCCUGAUGAUGUUGUCAAUAGUUUAAGUGCUAUAAUUUCAUAUCAACAAACUUGUACAAUUGAAUUGGUGAGAACAAAUAGCUAUGACCUUUUGGGAUAUUCAUUGAAAUUGCCAAUUCUACUUACAAAGAUUACACUAGCCAUUGUUGAUAAUUUCCUCGAGAGGCCGAACAUGGAAGGUCGACUACUCGAAGGGGGUAAAAAAUGGAUUCCAAGAGCUGAGCACAAAUUUAUGGAAGUUGAGGAGACAAGAAUAGUUGUAGCUCAAGAUGGAAGUGGUAAUUUCAGAACCAUAACUGAGUCACUAAAUGAAUGUGCAAAGAAUAAAAAUAGUUCAUGUGUUAUUUAUGUGAAGAAAGGUAAAUAUGAGGAGAGAGUUGUGGUACCUAAGAAGUUAGAUCAAGUGUUAAUGUAUGGUGAUGGACCUAUGAAUACCAUUGUCAUUGGAAUCAACACAAGACACAUCACCAUGGUCACAACACCCUUUCAUUCAGCUACUUUUGUUGUAAAGGGGAAAGGAUUCACCUGCAAAGACAUGGGUUUCAUUGCUCCAACUGAUAUACCAGGAGCACCAGCAUUGAGUGUACUUUCUGAUCAUGCAGCAUUCUUCAACUGCAAAAUUGAAGGUGGAGAAGGAACCUUAUACGCCAUAGCACAACGCCAAUUCUAUCGAGACUGCGAAAUUCGCGGUAGCGUAGACAUAAUCAAAGGAGACUCAACAACUCUAAUUCAAAACUCAAAAAUCAUUAUAACACCUCAAAACACAUCUAACAUAGUUUUAAGGAAAAAUGUGGUGAGUGUUCAAUCAAGGUUAGAUAAAUAUGAAAGAACAGGACUUGUGAUUCAAAACUGCACUAUAAUAGCAUCAUCAGAAGGUGAAGAAAAUGAUGAUAAUCUUGUUGGGUCAACUUGUUUGGGAAUUCCACGUAGUGAAUAUUCAAGAACAAUCAUAAUGGAAUCGUUUCUUGGUGAUGUUAUACGUCCAAGAGGUUGGUGUAAAUGGAGUGAUAAUUAUGGAAUUGAUACAGCAACAUUUCGUGAGUAUAAUAACAGAGGACCUGGUGCAAGAAAUGAUAAGAGGGUUCAUUGGGAGAGUUAUAGAACAGUUUCUAUAGAUCAGAGAAAUGAUGAAAUGAUGAGUUAUACAGCUGCUGAGUUUAUUCAAGCUGACCAAUGGUUGAUGAAUUCUAGUAUUCCAUAUGAAUCUGGUUUUUUCUUCCAUAAAUAGAUUAAUAUUAAUUUGGACUGCGUAUUAUUUUAUGUAAUUGUAAUUAGAGUUGUGUGCUAGUAGGAUUAUAUGUCUAUUGAUAGGUAGGAGUCAUUAAAUUGAUUGAUUCAAAUUAAUACUAAACUAGAUUCAAAGUGGUACUAUUUUUUAUUUGUUAUUUAUAAAGUUCAAAAU